AGCUGCUGACUAUGAACACAUGAAUGUCUCUAUCUAGAGUCAGUGUUUGGUUUGUCUGCUCUGGGCUACUGUAGAAACAUGGCGGCAACAUGGUGAUCUCUGUAGACGAGGACCUGUUCCCUCUGGAGAUAUGAACAGCUCAGUCUGAGGGAACCAGAACACAAACAUCUGGAGCUUCACACUCUCUGAUGAUAGGACGCACUCGGCUGAUGUCACCUCCUCAGGACGUCGUCCUUCAUCACCUGAAUGUUUUGAAUCAAACCAACAUAAACACGACAUGAUUUCAUUUCAGGGCGAGUGAGCACCACUGAAGAAUGAGAAUGAGAGAGAGAGGAGGCAACUGAGCGCGCUCAGAUCAGAUCAGUCUGCAGACGGAGGAGCAGUCAGGAGGAGCAGGCAGACGGAGGAGCAGACGGAGCUCAACAGGAAUCGAACCUGUGGACGUUCAUUAACAGACGACAGGUGUGCGUCUCCAUGGCGACAGAUGUGUGUGUGCUGCUAAGCGUGUGGGUCGGUGUGUGCGUGGCGUUCAACCUCGACACGUCGUUCCCGCUGCUGAAGAGGGGCCGAGACGGAAGUCUGUUCGGACUGUCUGUGGCUCUGCACCAAGACCUGAAGACCGACCGUUACUUGCUAUUGGUGGGAGCUCCGAGGGAGAAGGCGGAGCCUAAUGUUCCAGCCAAUCGAACAGGAGGAGUGUACAGCUGUCCGAUCACUGCUGACCAAUCAGAGUGCAGCAGGAUGAAGCUCAUAGACCCAGACCUGAACCUGUCUGAGGACCUGAUUGAGGACAUGUGGUUGGGCGUCUCAGUGGCGAGUCAGGGCCGACCUGGAGGACGGGUCCUGGCGUGUGGUCAUCGCUUCAUUAAACUCUACGGAGCGUUCAAACUGAGACACAUGAUUGGCCGCUGUUAUCUCCGUGGAAACGACCUGCAGUACAAUGAGACAGACAUGCACUGGCAGAACCCCGACCAGCCCUGCAGUCACCUGGGUGAUGUCAGCACAGAGGUCAUGUGUAACAUGGGGAUUUCUGCCACCAUCACUCAGACUGAGGUCAUCGUCGGCUCACCUGGAAGCUUCGAAUGGCAAGGAAACGUCCAUGUCUCCUGGAUGAAUCCAGACGUCGUCUUUGAUACUCAGAGGAGCUCCUUCCCCAACAUGGAGCGCAGGAACAUUUAUAUAGGAUACUCAGUGACUCAGGCUCGUCGUCUUCUCUCUCAGGACGAUGAAACCAUAGUAACAGGAGCUCCUAAGGACAGUAAAGAGGACGCUCGUGGCUCUGUGCUGCUCGCCGUCAAACGUUCAGACGGACUGCUGACUCAGCAGACUCUGCGCGGUGAACAGAUGGGCUCGUACUUCGGUAACGUCGUGGCAACCGCUGAUCUCAACAAUGAUGGGUGGAAUGACCUGCUGGUGGGCGCUCCUUUUUACUUCCACCGUCAGCAGGAGGCGGGUGGAGCCGUGUACGUCUACAUGAACGCAGGAGGUCGCUUUGAUCCUGAGCCCAGCGUGGUGCUGAGAGGACCGGCUGGCUCGGCCUUCGGGAUGGCUGUUAGCGCCGCCGGAGACCUGAACCAAGAUGGCUUCCAGGACUUCGCAGUCGGAGCUCCGUUCCAUGAAAAAGGAAGUGUGAUGAUCUGGAGCGGGAGCAGCGAGGGGGUCACCACAGAGCCCAGUCAGGUGAUACGGGGCAGCAGAGUCUCUGCGGCGUUCAGUACCUUCGGAUACUCUCUGUCUGCAGGACUCGAUGUCGACGGCAACAAAUAUCCAGACCUGCUGAUCGGCUCUCUGGACGACACCGUUGCUCUGCUCAGAACUCGCCCAGUUGUUCAUCUCAAUAAAACCAUCAGAGCUUCUCCAGACGUCAUUGACCCGAACAGCUGUGACUUCUGUGUUCAAGUGGAGGUGUGUUUCUCCUACAUGUUCAGCACCGGAGAGAAGAGCGACAGAGACAACAUCACCGUCGACUUUACCGUCACCGCUGACAUCACCAGCCUCAAGCCCCGCCUCCGUUUCCUGGACAACGGGCAGAGCGUGUACUCUGGUUACCUGUCGAUGCCAAAGAGACAGUGUGAAACCCUGAGAGUUGGACUGCAGGGUCCGAUCAGAGACAAAGUGGAACCUCUGGUGUUCUCCCUGAACGUCUCUCUCUACGAAAAGCUUCCCAAGAAAAGACACGCAGUGCAAGACCUGAAACGCCUCCCAGUCCUGAGCCAGACACCCCGACCCAUCAGAACCCAGAUCCAUAUCCAGAAUGCCUGUGGUUCUGAUAACCGUUGCCAUAGUAACCUGCAGAUGACGGCUCAGUUCACAGAUGAGAACCAGAAACCCUUCAUCAGGCAGAAGGACAGUCAGGUUUUGCACUACGACAGCAGCAUCAACCGCCUGUUUCUGGAGGUUAACGUCAGCAACACGCUGUCACCGGGCCGACCAGCGGAGGAUGCUCACAACACCGUUUUGAACAUUAGCAUCCCGGCAUCACUCAUUUACUCUGGAGUCCGAACCAAGGGUGACGUCCAGGCGGUGGUGAAAUGUUCUGUUGAGGACGUCGUUCUUCUCUGUGAGCUGGGGAACCCGUUCAAAAGUAACCAGAAGGUUCAGGUGUUGAUUAUCUUCCAGCCGUCUGAGAUCAGUUUAGACACCAGAGAGAUUCAGUCUCUGCUGCAGCUGUCCACGCUCAGUGAGCAGUCUGAUCUGUCUCCUGUCUCCGUCUCCAUGUUGGUGGAGUAUUCUCUGCAGUCGUCUCUCACUCUAAUCAGCCUGCCAGGCCCCGCAUCCUUCAGCGGUCAUGUGAUGGGUGAGUCGGCCAUGAAGAAGACGGAGGACAUCGGCAGUCUGCUGCUCUUCACCUUCCAGGUGCACGUCAGCGGGAAGCCCCUGGGUCACCUAGGCAACCUGCAGGUGGAGAUUGAUUGGCCGAGGGAGACGUCCAAUGGGAAGUGGCUGCUGUACCUCGCAGAGAUCCAAGUGAGCGGAACGUCAGAGGCUCGCUGCGACCCGCCCGGCAAAAUCGUCAACCCCCUCAACCUCGUGCUGUCAGAGGAGAAGAAGAAGAGGAGGAGGAGUCUGAAGGAGGAGGUGCAGGUGAAGGAGGAGGAGCAGAGGGAAAAGACUCUACCUGUCCUCCACCUGCAGGGACAGAAGAAGAAGUCCUACACUCUGAACUGUGUGCACGGGGCCAAGUGUGUGACGUUUGUCUGUCCGCUGGUCAACAUGAACAACUCAGCGACUCUCACUGUCAGAGCCAGACUGUGGAACUCCACCAUGAUCGAGGACUACAGCGAUGCGAGGAACGUGUUGGUUCAAGGCCGGGCGACGCUGAAGCUGCAGACUAACAAACCAACCAUCAACAUGGAGCCUCACAGUGCAGAGAUCGAAGUCCACAUUUAUCCAGACCCAGGGCAGCAGGUGGACUCUAGCGCCCCCCUGUGGAUUAUCGUGGUGUCUGUCCUGGCUGGGGUCGUACUGUUGGCUGUGAUUUGCCUUCUGCUGUGGAAGUGUGGUUUCUUCGUGCGUCGGAGGGCGUGGCGGGCCACAGCGCUCCACCAGGGGAGGAUUAUGGGUAAAGACGAGCAGCAGCAGCGCACAGAUGCUGACGGUUUCCUGAUCCAAGUUAACGCCACCUCGUCCAGAAACAGGAAGUCGCCCAAACACUGGGUCACCUCCUGGACUGAGACACUCUGAGAACUGAAGGUAUCCAUAGAAACCAACCUGGACCGGACCAAACUGGACCAUCAUACCCUGAACCAGAUCAAAGCGGACCAAACUGGACCAUCACAUCCUGAACCAGAUCAAAGCGGACCAAACUGGACCAUCACACCCUGAACCGGAUCAAAGCGGACCAAACUGGACCAUCACACCCUGAGCCGGAUCAAACUGGACCAUCACACUCUGAACCGGAUCAAACGGGACCAACAGCUGCUGGACUGCCUGUGUGCUGUCAUGUGAAAACCUCUUAACAUUCCGUCCAGUCUGUAUUAAAAUUUCCAGGUUUCCAGCUCAGAGUUUGUGUAAUUAAAAUUUUUUUUUGUAAACAACAGGACGUGCUUUUCUGUGAAUUAUUUAUCUGUCUUUAGAAUUUUUCCUUGUUAAUAUGUUGUUUUUUUAUAUCUCUGUGAGAGUUGUGUGUGAACUGCAUUUCCCAGCAUCCUUCUGGCCUCUAAGUCGGAUCCUGUCGCAGAUCAACAGAACAACAGUUACCAGGAGUCAGUCAAGUGUUUUAAAGUUAUAAACAUGUUUCGUCAGUAUCGUCUCUGCUGGAAAGCGACAGAUUUGAUGUCGACUGGAAACAACAGUAAAUCUAAAUCAUAAAAAGACGUAAAUACAUUGAUUUAUUAAUUAUUGGGAAACUGAUCAGCAGGAAGUGAUCAGGAUUUAUAGGUAAAGGGCUCAAUAAUAAAAAGUGGAAUGCUCCUUUAACAACCAAACAUGGCAACAGAGGUUGGUGUCAACAGGUUUAAUGUGUCAGUGUGUCGUGAUGAUGUGUUAAACUGCUGCCUGUCACGGCUCCUUGUAAACUAAGGAAAAUUACUUGCUGAAGGUUUCUGUAAGAAAAAAAAACUUUUUGUUGUGGAUUUAAUUUCAAAAAUCCAAGAUAAUCAGCCAGCUGUUGAAGUUUGAAGUCGUCUCUUCUACAGAGCUGUUUCUGUGGCCUCUCACUGCCUUUUUAUAUGAUUGUCAAAUAUGUGACAGCACAUGAAAGCAGCAUGUGUUUGUGUGUAAAGUCGUCAGUUGUGUUCAGAUUGGCUGUGGUUUGUCAACACUGUGGUGAACUGUGUGUGUGUGUGUGUGUCAGUGUGUUUCCUGUAUGUUGAUGAUAUUAAAGUAUUUUUUCAUAA